GAGAAAAAAAAGCAAACGGCGGUAGUCCGGUGUCUUAAACGAAGGAACACUUGGAAAGCCGAACCAGCUGCAAAUUUAUGAAAUCGCUCUCCGCUCGUUGUGUAUGUGUGUGCGUCUACAAGCGGCAGUACUUGUAUUUAGCAAGCGGUUUGCGCUUUGGAUGUGUGUAAAUAUCGAGAAAGUGUGAUACCAAAUAACAAAACGACGCCGCUUGUCCUUAAUCAGGGUGAGGCGACGACGCCGCCAUCGACAACAGCAUCAGGAUGGAUGACGUCGUAGAAAUAAGCCUGGCAAACGCUUGCAGACUUUGCCUCACCACCGACCAAACGAGGUCUUCAAUUUUCACCGUGCCCUAUCUAUCUGUGCCCAUUGUUGACAAAAUUCGCUCCUGCCUUUCUAUUCAGGUAUUAACUACUGAUAAAGUGUCAACACAAAUUUGUACAUCAUGUAUCAACAGUGUAAACCGCUGGCAUACGUACAAAAUUUCAUGUUUGCGUACACAAAAGAAACUCAAACAAUGGUUAGCGACAAAGACUGCUCCCAUUCCUACAAUAAUCAAAGAAGAACCUAUGGACAUGGGAUUCACAGAUAACAAUGCUCAGGCUAUAAAUGAAUUAAAUAAUACUAUUCAAGUUAUUUCAAAUGGUAAAAGCAUUCAUUCAGAGAAUAAUAUUGGAUCAGUCGUAAAGCCUACUGAAAGAAAAGAUGGAGAAAUUUCUCCUGGAAUUCAUAUUAAACCUGAACCUUUAGAUACAGAAGAUGAGGACGAUUUCAGCUUGGAUGUUGAGUCGACAAAUAGUGGAGAACUUUUGAUCAAUCCAAUGGCAGUAGUAGUAGGUAACACUGCUAAUAAUGAUAGAAUUAUGGAAGCAGACUCUACUCAAAAAUUUGCUGCGCAAAAGUUGCGUAGAAAGAAGAAAUUUCGUCGUGGUCCUCAUACACAUUUCAGAGGAGCUCGUCUCUUUAAGAAAAAAUGUCCGGAUUGUCAAAUUUAUUUGCACUCUAAGUUUUCAUAUACACAGCAUAUGUCUAGAUAUCAUGGAAUUCCUAGUAAAACAUCAGAAAUACCUAUUCAACCAAGUGUAAAUAGGCAAAAAUCAAAGUUAACUGACCAUGUUGAUGAUGCUGAACCCAUUUCAGAAACAGAAAUAGAGCUUAGUCCAGAAGAAAUACAGUUUGAAAAGAUGAUAAAAACUGAUCCAUUGACACCAGUUCAAAAGAAUAUAAUAGGUCAAUUAAAAACAUUCUCAUGCUUUACAUGCAAGCAAACAUUUUUUGAUCGAAGACAUACGCUAAAUCACAUCAGGCAGCAUAUGCCAGAUCUUCGACCUUACACUUGUAUUGCUUGUCUCACUGAGUUUUCUGAUAGGUCAAUGUACAAACUUCAUUGUGGGGCAUCAUUUGAAUGUGCUAUGAAAAUUGCCUUAGUAGUUCCUAAAGUAGGCAGUGAAAAGUACUUCACUUGCAACAUGUGUCUUAAACCAUUCAGCAAUAGAUCAGAGCUGUUAAAUCAUUUAGCUGAACAUGCUGAAAAACAACAUAAGCAAUUGAAUGAACCUUUAAGGCCACUGCCACAAUUGAAGCCCAUGACUUCAACAGCACAAGUUCCCAAACAAAUAGAGUGUUCACCAUCAAGUAAGAAAAGUACAGCUGGUCCAUACAUGAAUGGAGAUCCAGCCCAUAAUCACAUGUGCAAUUUGUGCGGCAUGAUUUACAGAUACAAACCCAACAUGUUCAAACACCGUGAUCUUUGUGCAACUCUUCCGGCAAACAUUCGGACUUCUUACAGAUGUUUCCAUUGUGACAUGACUUAUUUGGUUUACAAAAAGUUCUAUACUCAUAUAUUUUCUGAACAUAAAAAACGUGAAAUAACGUGCUACUCUUGCCAGAUGAAAUUUUUCACUGCUGAUGAGUACCUCACUCAUCACGAGACGCAUCGCGAUGUACCAAUAGAGGAUAGUCAAAUGGAAAUAGAACAGCAGCCAGAAAGUAGUUAUCCCACAGAUGCAGAUCCAAUGAACUCUUCAACGCAUCCCACUGACGUCGGUGAAAAAGCAUUCAAUUGUGCACUCUGCGGUGAAAACUUUGCCACUAAGGCCGAACUCAGCGAGCAUCGCAAUCUUCAUCUUAAAGUGAAGAUAUAUUCCUGUGUAAUCUGCCGAAGUAUGUUUAGCAGCUCGGGUGCUCUUGAGGUGCACAUGAAGGACCAUGGCAUUCAGGAUGCAGGCGAGCAAAACGCCAACAGCUCUUGCGUUGAAUACAACUCGGAGAACUCACUCAAUCAGUCGACUAUGUCAGCUGUUUCGGAUCCAGGUGGAAAGUUCAACCACUGUUAUGAGUGCAACAAAAACUUUUCAAAUUACGCCAACUUGAAAAGACACGAGAGAAAUUUGCAUGGCGGUAAACAAAGACGUCGCUGGAGUUGCGACGAGUGCAAGAGACGAUUCAAAUCUAUAGACGAUUACAAUCAACACGUGGCAACUGCACAUAGAUCCAGACAGGCACAGUCACCGACUCAGUCGCAUGUACAACCUCAGUUACAACCACAGCCUGAAAAAUUGCUGUCAACCUCGCCACCGAAGAUCUCCGCAACGACCGGUAAGCCUUUGAUGCAGUGUCCCAAGUGCCCCAAGAUGUUUGCCUACCAAGGUAAUCUCAUUCAACAUUGCCAGAACGUGCACAAGGAGAAUCAUUUCGAACGCAUCAUAGCUUCAUCGCGCGCAGUGCCUUUAGCGACUCCUUCCCCACCUCGUCCAGUUCAACGCCCUCCUACUCUCACUUCACGUGGUCACACCUGCGAUGUUUGUGGCAAGACAUUCCGUGAGGAACAAUCUCUUAAGGUUCAUCGUGGAUGGCAUUUGCGGACUAAUUAUCGCUUGAAAAAAGAUCAAAAUGCUAGCUUAGAUGAGAAUAUGCUAAGUGGUCCGGGAUACACGAUAACACCAAUGUCGGCGAGCCCACCAAAACCUGCCAAGGCUCGAAAAUCAUUUCCCAACAAUCCAUCGCAAAAACAGCUCAAUGCCGUUACAAGCCUGCAGUGUCAAGUCUGCGCCGAUCGCUUUUCGGAUGUUGCUGAGUUAAGAAAGCAUCUGUGGGACGUACACUGUGCACGUAACAAAACAGAAAAGUCAUUUACGAGUGACUUGCAAUGCGAAUUGUGCACCAAUAAAUUCCCCGAUGAAGAGGCUUUAAAGAACCAUAUGAAGUGGCAUCAGCAAAACCCUAUUCUUGCUGGCUAUCACAACGGUAAUGAUCUAAACCGCAUCGAAACUGUCGACGAAACGAAUAAGCCUUUUUACUGCGAAACUUGUGGCAAAUAUUACAGCAACCGUAAGGUCUUCUUACGUCAUAAAAAACUUCAUAAAGUUUUGCCAGUAGCGUCAAUGAUGAAUCUCCAGUCUCUUCAGUCAAGGCGCAACUGCUACUGUAACACCUGUCAAAAGAACUUUGCCACAGAGGCUUCGCUUAGGAGGCACAAAGCUUCUCAAAGUCAUUUAAACGUUGUGCGUUCGCAAAUACCCGCAAAAAAAAUUACAACUACAGCAUUGAUACACCAUCCUCCACCGGAUCCGCUAAAGUACGAAGAGGUGAAAAAUGAACCAAAUGCCGAGUUUUCAGCUGCCAGUCCGUCAAACUUAUUGUCAAGAAAAAAAUCGGUCACUUGCUCGGAUUGCAUGCAGAUGUUCCCAAACAUGAGCGUACUUUACCAGCAUAAACAGCUUGUACACAAAAUACCUACGGCCACCAAAGUGAUGAAACCGACUAGUAGCAAACCCACUGAGUGCGUACCCCUGAUGAAUUCGGAAGGUUUUGUCUGUUGCAAUGUUUGUGGAAAACAAUUCCCAGGACUUUCAAAUCUCAAGCAGCAUUUUUCACAUAAACACAAACCUAGGCCACCGACUUUCCCUUGUAUUGCGCCAGGAUGCAAGCUCAUCUUUCACAGUCUCAGUUCGUUGAAGAAUCACGAGACUACGCAUACAAACAUGAUUUACAACUGUAAUUUGUGCGAUAAGCACGUGUUCUCCAAGACCGCGAUAAACAAGCAUAUGAUAGUCAUGCACAAAGCGAUUUAUCAAUCCGGAGCAAGUAAAAGUGCUCUUUGGUCUGAGCUUGAUUUGACGAAUUAUACUAUCAAGAAUUGCCAAGGUAUGGCUUGUCCUAAGUGCAACGUCAAAUAUCCAAAUUUGAGGGCGUUAAAGAUUCACCAUUACAAAUUCCAUGAGAAAACGUAAAGUAAAGAUGACGUAUAAUUAGCGUCAACUCUUCUUGAUUAAGACUUCUACGUGCGAUGCUUUAGCAUUGUGAAGUGCUUUUUUAGAUUUGUUCGACAAGAAUAGGAGCAAAUUUGUACAUGUAUUCCAAUAUUUUGUGAAAUUGUUUUACGUUUGGUCCUGUCAUUUAUCACUAAGAGAAAACCGAUAUAUUUCUUUUCACUCGAGAUCAUUGUUUAUUUUCUAAUAAUUCGCAUUAUAAGCUUUAAGUAUGAUGAAUUAUACUUAGUUUUCAUAAUGCUUUCUAUGAAUAACGAAGAAAUAUGGAAAAUUAUUGCUUAUUGCAAUUCAAGUAUUUGAAUCGUAAUGUACUUUCUUGAUGGAUAAUUCCACCAAACACUUCCAUCUGUAUAUUUUUUUUUACGAAAAUAGUUUAAGUACAAAUCAUUGAUAAAAAGUUUGUAAUUGAGUAUCUAAGAAUUGCAUAAUUUUGUAUACUUGUCGGUUGUCAAAUAUUUCCAAGAGAUACUGCACAACAUUAAAAAAAAAUAUGAGUAAAUAGUGUAAACAUUUUUGACAUGUUACGUUUGAAGCUGCAUAAGAUUGACAAAUCCAUAGUUGUAUAUAGAACUUUUAAAAAAGCUCAUAACUAUUACUUUGAUUAUAAAAUACUGGAAAUCACUUGAUUUUAUUAUCUUAAUCAAGUUGAAACAUAUUCAUUAGGAGGAACAAUUGUUUAUUUCAAUAUCUUUCAGAAAUUAUGUGUGGAUUUCAAAAACAAGAAAAAAUGUAAUUAAAAUCACAAUAUAGUAUUAAUUUUUGUACUUUUUUUUAUUAAAUGUAAGCACUGUUAUAAAGUCGAUCUGUAUUACCAAAUUUUUGUGGUAUUUUGCGUUGAAUUUGAUUUUUUACAACAUUCUACCGUAAUAUCUGGAAGAUAUUGUUAAAAUAUAGAACUAUGUAUUUAUUGCGAAAAUAGUAAGAAACUAUGAAGUGGUUUAGAACGUUCAAUGAUGUUUUUGUAAUGAUAAUACACACACGCAUAUGGAUUGAUUGAGAAAAAUGAUGGAUUCAUUCACAUCUGAGAAUUUACGUUUAAGGCUUAAGUCUAUUGUAAUAAAAUAACAUUCGAUUCAAGUAAGUAGUCUUCAAUUAAGUCGAAGAUGUAUAGCAAUGUAGUCAAGAACUUUAUAUUUUUUAUUUGUUCAAUAAACACGAAGCAGCUUUGGUCUUGACGAUCGUCCUACAUUUUUUAAAAUGUAACUUUUAAUAAAAAAAAAUAAUAAA